AGCGACAGAAGUUACAGUUACAGUUAAACAGAAGUUUGGACUCGUUUGGAAAAUUUUACUUUCAAAAAUGGCAUCUUACUUUACUGCUGCUGUAUUAAUUUUGGCAAGUAUGGCGUUGGUUUUUGGGCGACCAUCCGAAAAAGAGGAGCUCUUUACAGGGACCGUUAUCAUUCGAUCCGUACAGGGUGGAUUGAUCCUGCAGUCCCUCGGUAGUGGGGAGCACUGCGUGGGGGCAGGUCAUGUGGUGGCUUCGAAAUCUGUGGAAAAUGCCAAGUCUGCCCAGUGGAUGUACCGAAUGUGGGGUUUAUCUGCAUCUUUUCAUAUCAUUGGGGGUGAUUUGAACGAGUUCAGCUUCCAUCCCAGAGGCCUGUUUUGCUAUCCGCCAGGUCGAACCGUUAAUUUGGUGAAGCACGAUAAGGGGACCAUUUCCUUCCAAGAUUUUGACGGAACUUGUUUAACCAAUAAUGGAAAUGGUGAGCGGAUCAGUUGGACCUCGUGUAAUGGGAAUUCUCCAAGUCAACGGUGGACCAUGGAGGAGAUUCUGGAGUAAUGCGAACACAUCCGGUUGAUAAACAAUUAUGACACGGCUUACGAUUUUACUCUUACUGACAUUGUCCAAUUAUCUAUUUCGAUUCUUCUAAUAUUCAAAGUAGUGUGUAGACAUAUAUUCCAUGGAUAAUA